AUUUAUCACUUCCAGGCGAACGAGACGUUGAUUGGCUAUCGAAAUAUUCCCCAGCCAACUUCCGCCGCGCGGCAAGCCUUGCCGCGUCCUGUGGGCACGAGGCAUUAGAGCGAAUCGAGAGCGAAAACGAUGACGUAUUGAUGACGUAAUAAGAGCUAUUGGGAACGUUCCGAAGCGUCAAAUGGACCAGCCAUAUUAAUGCUACGAAUGCUCUGUAGCAUUUGAAGCGCUAAGUGGACCGCAGCCAUAAAAACACAAGACACAAGACAUAACCACACGGAUUACUGACAGCGAUGACGAAUCCAGCCAAAUGCGGAGAGAGAGGGACGUUGCCACCACCCGUCAGGCUCUCGGAUUGUCAUCUGGGUUGGUCGACGGAAGUGGAGCUGAGCGAGGAGAAGGAUGGAUCGAGAAGAACGCGAUUUCGCAACCGACCACCAGCGCGCGUCGCUUUCGAGCUAUACAAAAUCGGACGCCGUGUUGUCGCGAACAUAGAGUUCGCCCCGAAGUACGGCUCCGCCGCGACUCGCGCCCACGCGAGGCAUUGCGACGCCGUAUUUAACGCCGACGUCGAACUGGAGGUCCGCCUGGAAGCCGCCGCCGCUGCCCAGAGACUCGUCCAUCGAGAGCCCUUACGGAAGCAGUCAAUUUAAUCUAACCCUAUACCUGUACUACCUAGGUGUUGUAAAAAAAAAAAAA